AUGGGAGAGGAGAUAGACACUUCGCAGCUGUCCCUGACAGUCCAGAGAGGGCCUCCCACAGCCGCCUCCGGUCACGCUCACUUGCAAAUAUUCAAAGAUGGCGCGGCCCUAGGCGAAGUACUCGCCGGUGGUCGCGAUGUGACGGUGCUAGGGCGGAACUCGAAGAUGUGUCACGAGAGGUUGGAUCACGAGAGCAUCUCUAGGCGACACGCGGCGUUGGUUCACAACGGGGAUGGGGAUGUCUUUGCGGCCGAUCUAGGCUCCACCCACGGCACCUACGUGAACGGUUGCAAGAUUGCAUCGAAGACCGCAACAAGACUGGGUGAUGGAGACGUCAUCAAAUUUGGCGAGAGCUCCAGGUCAUACGUGUUUCGUCUUUCGGCGCCAAAAAGUGUCACCACCAAGUCAGCGUCAUCCAACGGUACAUUCCACGAGAAACCGACCGCGGCAGGUGGCGAGUCUGGUAAAGCCAACGGAGGAGCGGCCAAGCCGCGGGUAGACCCAAGAAAUUCACCAAACGACUCGAAGGCCCCGUCUUCUAUGCUGCCUCCUCCGGGUGGCCACGUGGUUAAGAAAAAAGCGGAGGCAGGGAGAGGCCGACCCGCCGACAACUGGGCCCAGCCGAAGCCCGUGGUUGGGCGGAAAUCAACCGCGAAUCCGCCGGUGUCGGGUAUGGAUUCCGAGCGAGAGGCAAUGCUCCAGGCCAAUGUGCCGUCCUCUUUCGGUGCCGCUAGAGAUAAACCGCUUGGCAAGAAGGCGGUCAGGGAGGCCCAUAUCAUGCGCGGGGUACCGGGCGCCGUGAUAUCCGGGACUAGCGGCCGUUUCGCGACUGGCCGAAGCGUGGGUAAAAGUAUCGACAAGGCGGGGUCUAGUGCUGGGGAAACGGUGGACAAGGAAGAGGCGCGAAAACAGAAGCAGGCGGAGAUUGCGGCCAUUACGGCCGAGCUCAUGGCCGCAGAGUCGAGCGAUGCUGCCGAAAAUGGAAAUGGGCGAGAAGACGUGCCGGCGGCGGCUUCCUCGGCGAAAUUCAAGCCAGGAGGAUGGAGACAUUCAUCCGGAAACGGGAAGGGGGACGACGAGGAGGAGGAGAUUACGGAAGAGAUGCGGAUUAAGCUUGUUGUGCGUCGCUUGGGACUGCCUGUUUCGCACGAAGUACAGCUGAGUGGCCAUCACAAGGGCGUCACAGCGUUGGCCUUGGAUCGGGCGGGCGGACGUGUGGCAACGGGAUCGAACGACUACAAGGUAAAACUUUUUGACUUCGGUGGCAUGGACAAGCGGCACUUACCUUUCCGAGAGAUCGAGCCUGAGGAGGGCAAUGUGGUGGUGUCCAUCAGCUACUCCGGCACCGGGCAUGCCUUUCUUGUUUGCACCGCCGGGAGCCAGCCGAAGGUGUACGACCGUGACGGCAACCAGCUCGCCCACUUCGUCAAGGGAGAUCCGUACCUUAAGAAUAUGGCGAGCACAAAGGGCCACGUGACGCGGGUAACAGGGGGGGAUUGGCACCCCACGAAACGGAACGAGAUGUUGACUUGCUCGGUGGACGGGACAGUGAGAAUAUGGAACCUCACCGGGAAGUUGGCCUUCGACAACCUCAUCAACCAAACGGUGAUCAAGCUACGGUCGGCCAGAGCGCUGAAGCUUGGGUGCACAGCUGCUGUUUAUCACCAGGAGGGGAGACGGAUCGCCGCUGGCGGGGAAGAUGGGUCUCUGCACCUCAUUAAUAUGGAUAGGCCUCACGUCAAGCACGACGUCGUUCGCGAGGCGCACAAGGGGUGCGAGCUCACAUCGAUCUCGUUCAACGAGGACGGCCAUCUGCUGGCGACGAGGGCGAUGGACGAUACGGUGAAACUGUGGGAUAUCAGAAAGCUGGGGGGUGGAGUGGUGAAGACUUUUCCCGACGUCCCGACACACAUGGAAACGGCCAACACGUCGUUCAGUCCCGACGGUCGAGUGCUGGUUUGCGGCAGCAACGUGCGGCCUAAGUCGCACGCCAUGGGUGUGCUCAAGUUUUUCAAUGUAUACACGGCAGAGGCCGAGCCGGAGCUAGAGGUUAACGCUGCUCCGGAAGCCAGCGUGGCGCGCGUGGUUUGGCAUGCGCAGACCAAUCAGGUCAUCUGUAGCACGUCGGCGGGGGGUGUGCGGGUUAUGUACGACCCUGCCAUCAGUGACAAGGGGGCGAUGCUAUCGGCAGGAAGGUCUCACAGCCGGCUCAACACCAACAUGUUCCUGCCGAAGCAUGCGGUGGGCGAGGUGUACGCUCCACACGCGCUCCCCAUGUUUCGCGAGGAGCAGAACUCCAAGAAGCGGAAGGAGAGGAGCGACAGGAAGGACCCCGUUCGAAGCAAGAAGCCCGAUCCUCCGAUGCCCGGCCGCGGCGUGCAGGGACGCAUCAGCUCGUCCAACAAUUUCCACCAAUACGUCCUCAAGGAACAUCUUGUCUCUCAGAAGAACCUGCUUCACGAGGACCCCCGCGAAGAGCUGCUCAAAUACGAGGCGGAGACCAAGGACGAGAAGGAGUAUCUCGGGUCGGCCUACGAGAAAUCUCAGCCCGAGGGUGGUGGAAUGUUCCACAGAACGCUGGAGCAAGAGGAGGAAGACUUCAAGGAAGAGCAAAGAAAGCUCUUGGACUCGUGAUUAUGUGCACGUAGCCUGUAGAAUGUUGUGCGUUAGAGUGUGCUCCCCUCGGGCUGUUUAAGAAGG